GGUCUAUUCGCGUCUAUGACAAGUACUUGGCUGAUUCGAUGCCAGAAUUCUUCGUGAACGAUUUUGUGGCAUUCACUCAUUGUCUACGCCGUCGACACCUCCCCAGAUCUCUUUCUGUCAGUCGAUACCAUCACAAAGAAACCUACUCUGUAAGACCCAUCAACUUUGAGAUGCCGGUAAUCCCACUCUCGGUCGUCACCAGAAUUAUUGACCAUGUACCUUCACAUAUGCCUUCUCUUCUCACCUGCUCGACAAUUUGUCGAGAGUGGCUUUCGAAGGUGCAAUACCACCUCUUUACCGACAUCAACGUUCGCGCGCAUGGAGAUCCAAGGAAACUAGCCGAGUUUGCUGCGUUUCUUGAGACCUGCACACAUAUUGGGCCAUAUGUGCAAUCUUUGAGUUUGGACGGUCGUGACAAAGUGCAAACAUUGGCUGCUUCACUCUCUCCCGAAGCCCGCUACGUCCGACAUACCACAAUUACCCAAUCAGUCCAACCUGGAGUCGUGGACACAAACACGCUGUAUCAUGUGGCUUUGACCUGUAAGAACGCGGAGGAAAUACUUGCCGCUGGAGCUUUGAUUCGGGAACGUCGACCAACGGAUGUCUCCUUUGUCAUACAUUCCGUCGUGGUCGAACAAAGUCGCGAAAUCCCUGUUAUAGAUCAGUUUGCCGGGUUAGGAUUAUCUCGAUGUUCCAAACUCCGGUGGAUGCACAUCGUGGCAGCCGAAACAGCUCGUUAUACCUCGAGAGAGAAGAUGGUAUGGAUUCACGUUGAACUUCAAGAUGAAAGCCUUGAUGGAAGCCGUGCCGAUGUCCACGUCAGUGGAAAAGGCGACCAGUUUGAUUUUUGGGACACAAUGAAUGCUCUAGAGGACGACUGGAAGGAGUUAGAUUUGAUCCUCUGCAGAUUCAAGGAGUUAUUGGGGUUUACAUUCCACAUCAUCGCCUGGGCUGGCAUGUACGGCAAUAGAGGUUUCAACAAACGAGUAACAGAAGACAUAAAAAUGGCCGUAGAGGGGCUUCACAGGACGUAUUCCGCCGAUCGUCUGGCGCGAUUUUUGGAAAAAGUCAUGCCUAAAUCCGCAGCACUAGGUCUUCUGAGUGUGCAGGAGCCAGACCUGCCACGUUUACAGGCGUAGGAUGCUCAAAAUGCUCGGUUGGACAGGGUUCACGAGUAGUUGGAGGAUUGAUGGCAUGCUCGAUUUCACAUCACGUCCACGGUAAGAGUAGCCUAUACUCCUGCUCGUAUGAAUAAAGCAUAAGUGCAGUA